AUGUCCUCCCAACCACCCCAAAACGCAGUCGACAUCACAACCCUCUCGGUCCAACAGCUUUCGGCCCUCCAGGCCCGGCUGUCACAGGAGCUCGAACACCUGACCACAUCCUACCAGCGUCUACGGGCCGCACAGGCCCGGUUCAAAGAUUGCAUCCGGAGCAUUCAGCAGGGUGUCCAAGGGAAGAGCGGAGAAACUCCCCUUCUCAUCCCAUUGACGACCUCUCUCUACGUCCCAGGCACAUUGGCCGCGCCCACGUCCACGGACUCUUCCUCUUCUUCUUCAUCUACAGUCCUCGUCGAUAUCGGAACAGGCUUCUUUGUCGAAAAGACUCCCGAGGACGGGAUCAAAUUCUAUACGGGCAAAGUGGACGAUUUGGGCAAGAACCUGUUGGAAAUUGAAAAGGCUGUGGGGGGCAAGAAUGAGAGUCUAAGGGUAGUUGAAGAUGUGCUGAGGCAGAAAAUGCUUGCGGAACAGGCUGCCGGGUCGGCACCGACAAACCAGCCGAGCGCCCAGGCGACUGUUGGAUAG